GAGUCACCUUCCAGGAGCUCCCUGUCCCUGCUGUGCUGAGGAGCCAGAGCUGGGCCAGCCCUGCAGAUGUGCCUGCCCAGGGCUGGCCAGAGGGGCAGGAUCCCCUCCCUGCCCUGCUCCAAUGCUCUCCCUGGUGCCCCCAGGAUCCCAUUGCCCUCCCUGUCCCCAGGACACGCGGCUGGGCAGGCACAGCUGGUUGCCCACCAGCACCUCCAGAUCCUUCUCCCAGAGCUGCUCUCCAUCAGGUCACCUCCUGCUGGUGCCUGGGGUUGUUCUUCCCCAGGUACAGGAUCCUGUGCGUGCCUUUGAAGAAGGUGGUGCCUCUGUGUUGAUGUGUCUGCAGAAACCUGGAGCUUCCUUUUGGAAGCAGGUCAGAAACACACGGGGCUGUUUUCAAAUGCCACGUCACGCACUGGUGUAACCCAGGGGCUGCAAAGGAAAGGCAGGAUUUCUCGGCUCCCAUGUAAUGACAAAUGACUCAGGUGGUAACAAGCUGGUGUUGAGGAGCAGAUGAUUGCAGCAGGUGUCCUGGCUGACUCCCUGUGUUCCUUGACCAAAGUUUUGCAGCCUGGAGCUCCCAGGAGCGUGCUGGGAGCCGGGUGGGUUGGAGUGGCGGCGUGCCAGCUGGUGCCUUGGGGUGAUGAUCAGGUUACUGUGGUGCCUUGGAGACAGAUGGGCUCCAGCAUUACCCUGGAAACUCGAUUUUCAGCGUGACGUAAUGUUUGGGUAGAGCUGGAACUCUGGGAUCGCACCCUCAGCCGGGGAGGGUGAAGGUUUCUUGUGCUCUACGUCACUCUUUACUACAGGGAGGUGGUUUGCUUGGCUGGCAUGUGAAAGGAGCGAAUUUCCCUGGAGAUGUUGAUGCUCAGCAGCACGUGGGUGUUAGGAGGCUUUGGGAGGUGGAGGAGGAUGGAGAUGGAAUAAUGUCCUUUGAAUCAGAGCUGUUUUGGUGUGCUAGAAAGAAACUGGCAGCUGUAAAAAGGAGAGGGGGGAGCCCUCAAACAUUGAACCACUCACUCCAUGGUUUUGUGGGGACUCAGAGCAGGAGGUGUUGAAUUUAUACUGGACUGAGUGGGGUGAAAAUCCAAGUGUAGGUGAGAGUGUGUGGGGGUGUCACAGCUGCUCGACAGUGAUACCUUGGGAAUCAAAAGAGUCUUGGAUCAAUGGGCUCCAUCCCGAGGCGUGGACUUGGUGACCUUUGUGGUAACUUUGAGAGUAAAUUCCAAGUGAUUUAUCCCUCUUCUGAUCUCUCUUGAACUCUGGACUGCUCAUGUGUGUUGCUGUCAAGUGGCUGCUUCUGUAUUUAUGAGCAAAUCACAAACUACUGACCUGCUUUGCCUCCUGUGAAAGGCAAGUGAUAGUUCUCGCUGGAGAUGGCAAGGGCAGUAUUUCUGAAUGUGCUUGGACUGAAUUUACCAUUAGGAACUGUUAGGAAAGCGUGGAUGCUGACGAUUAUUGGAAGGAGAAGCGCGUAUUUACUGCACAGUGGCAAUAGAUUUAUAGACAGAUAGCUUGGUUUGUAGAUAAAUAUUUUUGCCUCUAUUUCUGUAGCCACCAGCAGUAGAUUUCAAAGCCUAAACUUUGCUAUAAUCUAGAGACCUUUUUACAUUUUUGUUUUUUUUCAUUCCUAUCCCAUCUGCCGAGUUCUUCGCUCACGGCUCACAUGUCACGUGGCGCCGAGAGAGCCAAGAGGAGUGACGCAUCCUGGUAUCCCAUGGCGCUUCCCGGGGAGCAGCGGGAAGGGAAGCUCUGACGAAGCCCGGCCACGGGGAAGCUGAAAGGCAACUUUUGACGCGAGCGAAGGAAGUUCGGGUGAGAUCCUCGGGUGAGAUCCCGGGCUCCGCCAGCUGCUCUCCCGCGAAACGCUUCGGCUCCAAGAGGCUUCUCCGCUUCUCCCUCUCCCUCCUCCUGCCGGGAGCGUCGCGUCUGGCUGGCAGCUGGGAGGAGGAAAAGUUGGCUGUGCUGUUACAUCCCCUGCCCGGUUUCCACGAGAAGAAGAAUGCCAACACGAAUAUGAAGUGAAGGGACUCCUAUGCUGUGCCACGGCGCCCGGAUGCUCCUGUCAGCGGAUCAGAGACGGGCACCCGCCUCAGGCCACACCGCUUCCCGGGACACCAUGAAGCCGAGGAGGAGCUUCCCAGCGCGCCGGAGCGGCAGGGAGUGCUGCCCUGUUUGAGAUCCAUGCCAGACGGCGCCCCGGCUGCCCGGCGAGAUGAAAGAGGUGGUGCUGUGGUCGCCCGAGGAGGUGACCAGCUGGCUGACGGAGAAUGCGGUGCCCGAGUACUGCGAGCCCCUGAGGAGCUUCACCGGGCGCGACCUCAUCAACCUGACGGAGGAGGACUUCAAGAGGACGCCUCUCUCCCGGGUGUCUUCCGACAGCGGCCAGCGGCUUUUGCACAUGAUUGAGACUCUGAAAAUGGCUCACCACAUGGAGGCUCACAAGAACGGCCACGUCAACGGGCACGUCCGCGGCGGCAGCGGCGGCGAGAACGGCUUCGGCGGCAAGGCCAAGCUCAACGGGGUGCCAAACGGGUUCAAGAAGGAGAUGAUCAAGAUCCCCAUGCCAGAGCCGGAGCGCUCACAGUACCCCAUGGAGUGGGGCAAGACUUUCCUGGCUUUUAUUUAUGCACUUUCUUGUUUCGUCUUCACCACAGUGACUAUCUCAGUCGUUCACGAACGAGUGCCUCCCAAGGAGGUGCAGCCUCCCCUUCCAGAUGCAUUUUUUGAUCGCUUUGAUCGGGUGCAAUGGGCUUUUUCUAUUUGUGAAAUCAACGGCAUGAUCCUUGUAGGACUGUGGUUUGUUCAGUGGCUGCUCUUAAAGUACAAGUCUAUAAUUAGCAGAAGAUUUUUCUGUAUAGUUGGCACACUGUACCUGUACCGGUGUAUUACGAUGUACGUGACCACGCUCCCAGUACCUGGAAUGCAUUUCAAGUGUUCUCCAAAGCUUUUUGGAGACUGGGAAUCUCACCUGCGAAGGAUAAUGAAAUUGAUCGCUGGCGGAGGAUUGUCCAUCACGGGAUCCCACAACAUGUGCGGCGACUACCUGUACAGCGGCCACACCGUCAUCCUCACCCUCACAUACCUGUUCAUCAAAGAGUAUUCCCCGCGGCGACUCUGGUGGUAUCACUGGCUUUGCUGGGCGCUCAGCAUGGUUGGGAUGUUCUGCAUCCUCCUUGCUCAUGACCACUACACUGUGGACGUGGUGGUGGCUUACUACAUCACUACAAGACUCUUCUGGUGGUACCACACAAUGGCCAACCAGCAAGUGCUAAAAGAAGCUUCCCAAACAAACCUCCUCGCAAGGGUCUGGUGGUACAAGCCCUUCCAGUACUUCGAAAAGAAUGUCCAAGGAAUUGUACCUCGCUCCUACCACUGGCCCUUGCCCUGGCCGGCGCUGCAGCGGGGCCGGCCGGUGAAGUACAGCCGCCUGGUGAGCGACACGUAACGGCGCGUCCUCGGCCACCCCGGGGGGGAAAGGACCUGUCCCAAGUGCUCACAACUCCCUACGAGAAGAUGCCAUAAAAACAAACAAACAAGCAAACAAAAAAAAAAAAUCAACUGCUCCCUAUAACCCUUUCUUUUAACAGCUCCCUCGACUUGACCUUUUCAGUUACCUGGUAAGCACUGUGAUCUUUUUUUUCUCUCCAAAGGAUCUCUGCGUUGGACAACAAUAAAGAAAAAUUUAACUUAUCAUGCACUGUUACACAUUUCUUGUUGAUAGAUUUGGGAUUUACAUUUACCCAUCACCGUGUUCCUUUGUAUAUGAUGCGACAACAUAAAUGAAAGCUUUUAUAUCAUAAGUUCUGGUCUUUCCAGUCACGUCUGGGAACAAAGCAUAUUAUUUUCUUGGGAAAACAUACUUUUCAUAUCUCUUGCCCCAAAGAUUGGGCUGUAAGCCAUUUUCUAGCAAAUGACUAUAUGAAGGUUUCUAAAUACCUGCCUUGGGUGAAAUCAAGAAAUCUUUCUACCUGUUGCACCGCGCUAUGAAUAAGAUGAUAGACACAGAAAGGUUUGGUAAUCCUGAUUUUGUAGAGCCUGCAGUGACUGACUGUGUCAAAAAGUGCAAAAAAAAAAAAAAAGGAAAAAAAAAGAGAGAAAAAAUGUAAAGUGAUUUUCUAAGUAUUUCCUAACUUUAUUUUUCAAAACGUGUAUGGAAAAAAAAAAAUUAAAUUUAAAAAGAUUUUUACAUGUCAGAGAAUAGAGAGUUAAAAUUUAAAGAAAAUGCUUCUUGGGAGAGAGAGAUUUGUCUAUGUUUCUAGUGCCUUUCUUGUCUUGAUUGUAUGGUCAGUAGGCAGUCUUAAAUGUUUUUAUUUAAAAUAAAGUAUUCCAUGAAAGCAGAAUUAUAUAUACUAUAUAAUUACUAAUUUUUGCAUUUAUAGCUAAAUUAAACUGGAAAUUUGCUUAUAAUGUUGAAAUUGCCAUGUGUAGGGAAAAAAAACCACCCCACCAAAUAAAAAGGGUCCGAUCUUGUUCACACAUUGUGGGCAGGUCAAGCUGAAAAGUAUCACUUUAUUCUUGGUAGCUGGAUUUUAACAAGCAAAACAGCCAUGAAUUCCUGUUUUUUAAGAAUUUUACAAAUGAUCACUGAGUGAACUACGAAUGGUUUCCUCCAUCCCCUAUUGAAAUGUUGUUGAAAAACAACAAAGAUAAUCUAUUUCUUUAAAAUAUUUGUGCAGAAACUGCAUGUAAUUCUAAGUUUCACUCCUACCAUACAUACUGUAUGUUUGGGGAAGUAUCCUAUCCUAAACUUGCCAAUGUGCAGAACAAAAAUAUUUUUUUUUUUUAAAAAGAAUGAAGAAGAGAAAAAUAUAUAUAUAAAUAUAUAUAUAUAUCCAUUCUGUAUUUUACGUGAAGCAGAGUUAUCUUCUGUAGGUUUUUUGUGUAUUCACAAGGUGAUAUUUGUAUUGUAAAACAACAAUGGUGAAGGAAAAUAAAAAGGCUUUUGAAACGUGUAGUUUCCUUUAUCUUUUUAAUGUUAAGUUGAAAUUUAAAGCUGGGUUUAUUCUUCCAAACCUUGCCUUUAAGUUGAUGUUAUUGCACUGUAGGCCAUCCGAUUUGGACUGUAUGGAAACUGCAUUGAUUUCGAACUGCUGUCGGGCAAAAACAGUGCCUUAUCUGAAAUAAAUGCUAUGCAAUCGAUUCCGAUCGUGCGGGAGCCGGGAGCGGGUUGGGAGAAGCCUUCCUGGGAGCCAUCACCAGGCCUUGAAAAAUCUACCCCAAAACUGCUGGGACGGAGCACACGGCAGGGUGAGCGUCCACCCCCACCUCCCAGGAUCUGUCAGUCCUGGCUUUUAAACGCCAAAAAAAGACAAGGAAAAGCAAAUUUCUGUGAUUAGGUGGUGGUGAAAGUGUCUUUUUUUUUUUUUCUUUUUUUUUUUUUCUGGGGGGGAAAGAUGGUUUAUCUUGACCUCUGUGCCCUGUUCCUCAUCCUUGGCCAAAAACUUCCUGGAGGAGCUGAUGGUUGUUGCUUGGGAUGCUAAACAAAACCUGUUCCUUAUCAGUUCUCUGUCUCCCUGGGGCUGGGAGGGAGGGGGUUUCUUGGCCAAACCCUUUGCCAACAGCGUUUGUCAGAGCUGCCUGAGAAUUUAGGGCUCAGCUCUGCGUGCUUUGCUUUCAAUUCACAGCUUUUUGUCUUGGCAACUCUGGGGUUAAAAGUCAUUUUUCAAAACCCAUUUUGAGGUGAUUUUUUUUUUUUUUUUUUUUUUUGAGAGAGAGAGAGAGAGAGAAUUCACGCUCCCAGACUGACGAGUAGGUUUUUCAAGGCCUGGCAUCACGCACAUCCAAACCAUUGACAUAAGUAAAUGUAUGGAUAUAUAUAUGCACAUGACAUUAAAUGGAAUCUGCUGAA